CGCUCGCCCACGCCCCCAGCCCCCAACCGAUCCAAGAGAAACCUUCUCGCCUCCGCGGGACGAUUCGCCAGGGAGAGCAAAGGUAGCAGAGGCGCCAUGGACGCUGCCAAGUCGGUGACGCCGGGCGCCGUGUCAUACAUCCUGGCGCACCCGUCUACGGGCUCCGAUGGCGCCGUGUCGGAUCUCGUCGUUCAGGUCCUCGAUCUCAAGUCCAUCGGCAUGGGCAGCCGGUUCAGUUUCACGGCAACCGAUGGGAACGACAAAAUCAAGGCGAUGCUCCCCACUUACUUUGCGUCGGAGGUCCACUCCGGCAAUCUGAAGAAUUUCGGUCUCAUCCGCAUCCUCGACUACACUUGCAACUCCGUCAAAGGCAACGCUGACAAAGUCCUGAUUGUCGUCAAAUGCGAGACUGUGUGCGAAGCGCUCGAUGCCGAGAUCAACGGCGAGGCCAAGAAAGAGGAUCCUCCAAUUGUGCUGAAGCCUAAAGACGAAGGCUCAGUCGUGGCUGAGGAAACAAAUUCUCCCCCACUCGUGAUGAAGCCUAAGCAAGAGGUGAAGUCCGCGUCCCAGAUCGUGACUGAGCAGCGUGGAAAUGCUGCUCCUGCCACGCGCCUUUCCAUGACAAGGAGGGUCCAUCCCUUGAUCACUCUGAACCCCUACCAGGGUAACUGGGUCAUUAAGGUGCGGGUCACGAGCAAAGGCAAUCUCAGAACCUACAGGAAUGCUCGUGGAGAAGGCUGCGUCUUCAACGUAGAACUUACUGAUGAGGAUGGCACCCAGAUCCAGGCCACCAUGUUUAACGAGGCUGCAAAGAAGUUCUAUCCAAUUUUUGAGCUGGGAAAGGUCUAUUAUGUCUCAAAAGGAUCUCUUAGAAUUGCCAACAAGCAGUUCAAGACAGUCAAAAAUGACUAUGAGUUGUCACUAAACGAGAAUGCUAUUGUUGAAGAAGCAGAGGGGGAGACUUUCCUUCCACCAGUGCAAUACAACCUUGUCAAGAUUGAUCAGCUAGGACCAUACGUCGGUGGCAGGGAGCUUGUAGAUAUUGUUGGUGUGGUUCAGAGCGUAUCUCCCACACUCAGUGUUAGGAGAAAGAUUGACAACGAGACAAUACCGAAGCGUGAUAUUGUUGUAGCAGAUGACUCUGGCAAAACUGUUACUAUUUCUCUCUGGAAUGAUCUUGCUACUACGACUGGCCAAGAGCUUUUGGACAUGGUUGACAGUUCGCCUGUUGUUGCGAUAAAGAGCCUAAAAGUAUCUGACUUCCAAGGCGUAUCUCUUUCAACUAUUGGCAGAAGUACUCUCGAGAUUAAUCCUGACCUGCCUGAGGCUAAGAAUCUGAAGUCCUGGUAUGACUCUGAAGGCAAAGAUACUUCACUGGCACCAAUCAGUGCAGAAGUGGGUGCCACACGCGCUGGUGGUUUCAAGUCCAUGUAUUCUGAUAGAGUUUUUCUGUCUCACAUCACCAGUGAUCCUGCUAUGGGCCAGGAAAAGCCUGUUUUCUUCAGUCUGUACGCCAUCAUAAGCCACAUCAAGCCUGAUCAGAAUAUGUGGUACCGUGCUUGCACGACCUGUAACAAGAAGGUGACUGAAGCUUUUGGGUCUGGAUACUGGUGCGAGGGGUGCCAAAAGAAUUACUCUGAGUGCUCGCUGAGAUACAUCAUGGUGAUCAAGCUCUCCGAUCCCACUGGCGAGGCUUGGGUGUCUGUGUUCAAUGAGCAUGCAGAGAAGAUCAUUGGCUGCAGCGCCGACGAGCUUGAUCGGAUCAGGAAAGAGGAGGGGGACGACAGCUACGUUCUCAAGCUCAAGGAAGCCACCUGGGUUCCUCACCUGUUCCGUGUCAGCGUCACGCAGCAUGAAUACAUGAACGAGAAGAGGCAGAGAAUCACCGUGAGGGGUGAAGCACCGGUCGACUUCGCAGCUGAGUCCAAGUACUUGCUUGAAGAGAUCGCGAAGCUCACCGCUUGCUAGAAGACGCAGUCUUUCUGGUGGUUCUUGAAGGACUGGCCCCCGAUGUCUCCCUCGCAGUUUUUCUUUUGAGCUCCAGUAACUUGAUUACUGUUCUGUGUGUUGCUCUCACUGGGUUUUAGCACUUCUGUAAGGUAUAUGUAGAUGCUAGAUUACCUUGGUGUCAAGGAACAGAUGCUAUGAUAAGCCUUGCAAAAUUGCAGUUCCAAUUCCGUGUAUCUGCAACUUUGAGCAAAUAGGAAAAGAUUAUGAGUACUGAUUGAUGAUGUUAGGUCGCUGC